AUGGCUCUGUUGAUUUGCGCGCUGACGGUCCCGGGAUUCGGGGAUAUGGGGAGCGGAAAAGCUCAGAGUUGUUCGGAUAUCCGACAGUUCUACAAUGGCAAGGGAUUCAGUCUGAACGGAGUGCCUCAAUCAGAAAUAUCAGGAGAGCACCUGAGGAUCUGUCCCCAGGGCUACACGUGUUGCACCAGUGUCAUGGAGGACAGCCUAUCCAAUCUGAGUCGCACAGAGAUGGAGGGCCUGAUCAGAGACGCUGGACGGGCCCUGCAAGCCUCCCUCAAUGGACAGUACAAGGUCUUCGAUGGUUACCUCCUGGAGCUGCUGAACCGUUCCGAGGAUGUCCUGCAGCAGUCCUAUCCCCCGGCGCUGGGUUCCCUGUACACCCAGAACACCCGCGUGUUCUCUGACCUGUACACAGAGCUGAGACGGUACUACCGUGGUUCCAACGUUAACAUAGAGGAGGCGCUCAACGAGUUCUGGGCCCGCCUGCUGGAGAGGAUGUUCAAGGGAGCCAAUGGACGGUAUCUCAUAGGCGAUGACUACCUGGAGUGUGUGUCCAAGCAGUCGGAGACGCUGCGACCCUUUGGUGACACCCCCCGAGACCUCAAGUUGAAAGUGACACGUACAUUUGUGGCGGCACGCUCCUUUGUCCAGGGACUGGUGAUCAGCGGGGAGGUGGUUCGCAAGGUCUCACAGGUACCCCUGAGCCCAGAGUGCAUGCGUGCCAUCAUGAAGAUGACCUACUGUCCCCACUGCCGUGGAGUGGCCACUGCCAGGCCCUGUGCCAACUACUGUGCCAACGUACUGAAGGGCUGCCUCGCUAACCAGGCCGACCUGGACACAGAGUGGAGGAACUUGGCUGAUGCCAUGCUGCAGGUCUCUAACAGGUUUGAGGGUGUGUCCAGCGUGGAUGUGGUGUUCCUCUCUCUCCCCACACACAUCUCAGAGGCUAUCACCACCAUGAUGGACAACAUAGACACGUUUAACAACAAGGUGUUCCAGGCAUGUGGGAAUCCGAGGGAGGGAGGAACCAGCAGCACCGGGUUGGAGGAGGUGAAGAGGAGGGGGAAGGUUACAGUGGAGGACAGCCCAACCUCUGGGGCUAGGCUGGAGAAACUGGUGUCUGAUGUGUCGAGGAGGCUGAGGGACAUGCAGCCCUACUGGGUCUCGUUACCCAGCACCCUCUGCAGUGACAGGGUGGCCACUAGGGCCCAAGCAGACAAGUGCUGGAACGGCAUGGCCCGUGCCAGGUACCUUCCAGAGGUGAUGGGUGACGGCCUGGCUAGUCAGAUCAACAACCCUGAGGUAGAGAUUGACAUCACCAAGCCAGACAUGACUAUACGCCAACAGAUCAUGCAGCUCAAGAUCAUGACCAACCGCCUCAAGAACGCUUUCAAUGGCAACGAUGUGGACUUUCAGGACACCAGUGAUGAUGUCAGUGGUUCAGGAAGUGGGAUGUGCACAGAUGAAAAGUGUCCCCGCGGCCCGCGCCUCAUGGCCCCCAGCACAGACAGACCCAAAGUGUACGCCUACCCUCCGGAGAACAAGAAGGUUGUGAAAGCAUCAGCUGACUACAACCUCCCAUCCAUCGCCCUCUACCUGCUCUCAUUGGUUAUGUUGCUGCUCCGGCGAUAA